ACAAAUAGGAGUGUAAAACGAAAAAUAAAAAAUAAAAAUCCCUUUUAUAGAGAGAGGAAAAAAAAAAAAAAAAAGGGACUAGGAAAUGGGUAAGGUAACAACAAUAACCAAAACAAGAAGAAGAGAAAGAGUAUCUAUAGCUACAAUGGAAAUGAAAAGAAAGAAGAAGAAAGGUAGACCCUCUUUAUCAGAUCUCUCAAAAAGAGAAAAUAAUAAUAAUAAUAAUAAUACUAGUAGUAAUAAUAAGGCAUCUGUUAUUCGCCGUUCAUCUCGCCGGAACCCUAAUUCGAAUUCACCCGCACCGGAAUUUGAUGACGAUGAGGAUGAGAGGAAACAGAAGAAAGUCAAGCUCGUUGUUCGUUUGCCUCCGAACCAAUCGAAUCAAAGCCAACAACAUUUGGAUAAUUCAUCCGAACCUGACUCCGAACCUGAAUUGGGGGAUAGUAACGGGAAGAUCAGCACCGUUGAUUGUAGAUCUGACGACGUCGUUUCUGAUCAGGAAGAAAAAGUUUUGAUAGUGACGGACACUCCACAUGAAUCCCCAUUGGUGUCCGGUCCCACAACACCUUUGCCAGACAAAAAAAUAUUGGUGUUCAUUCUUGACAGACUUCAAAAGAAGGACACUUAUGGUGUGUUCUCAGAGCCCGUUGAUCCGAAUGAGCUACCUGAUUAUCAUGAGAUUAUAGAGCAUCCUAUGGAUUUUGGAACCUUAAGGAAGAAACUUGAUGGCGGGCUCUACUCACACCUGGAAGAGUUGGAGGCUGAUGUUCACUUGAUAUGUUCAAAUGCAAUGCAGUAUAAUGCCGCGGAUACAGUUUACCAUCGGCAGGCACGAACCAUUCAAGAUCUAGCAAGAAGAGAUUUUGAAAAUCUGAGGCAUGCAGGAGAGGAUGGUGAGCCACAGCCUAAGGUAGUCCGUAGAGGCCGUCCUCCAGGCAAAAGCGUCAAGAAGUCGGUUGAGAAUUCCCCAAUAGAUCGUGUUGUGCCUGAGCUUUCUUCAGGUGCUACUCUUGCUAGUGGGGAUGACAAAGCUAUUGGAUCUAAUUCUUAUAAUCUAAGAAAGGGGCCUAUGCUUUCUAAGUUUCAUUCCCCUGAUGCAUCUUUUGCCCAUCGCUCGCGUAAUGGUGAAACUUAUUCUGAAUGGUCAACUGAUUGGAAUAAUGAGUUUCCAGCUAAUAUCUUGAGGGCUGACAUGAAGUAUGGGAAGAAACAUUUUUCUAUUGACGAGAACAGGCGCGACACAUACCAACAAUUCCAUCCUUCCGCUUCUUGUACUGAGCCAUCUCCUUUGUGGAAUACUGAUGGAGAUAUGAAGCGGUUAAUGGCUGUAGGCGUUCACGCGGAGCAGCAUGCUUACGCGAGAAGCUUGGCCAGAUUUGCUGCAAAUCUUGGGCCUGUUGUUUGGAAAGUGGCUUCUAAGAAGUUAGAAAAUAUUUUGCCUGCUGGAGUAAAGUUUGGUCCUGGAUGGGUAGGAGAAGGUGGAGGAGGGCCCAUAGAGCCAUCGGCUUGUUCAGCUGAGAUCCACAAGUCAUUAGAUAGCUCGUCAACUAAUCCCCAUUCUAGUAGACCUGUAACACCAACACCCCCUGGAUUAAAUUCUACCGUAAUGUGCAAGCCUGCUGCUGAAAUCUUUGAAGCUGUCAAGAGAUUGAAUAGUCACAAUGAGCUAACCAGACAAGGUUCUGGUGAUGCGGCUCCACAGAAAUCUUUCCUUCAGCCAAGAAACGGUUUCAAUGGCAUGUUUGGGUAUGAGUCGUCACCCCAAGCGGAGUUGUCAAGGUUUUCCACGUCUAAAGGACAAUCAGGCCAACAAGAGGCAUCGAGGGUUAAUCCGUCUUUUCAUCCCGCGGUUCUGAAUCAUGUCGCUUCAGCAGAAAAUAAUAAGUUGUUACAAAGCUUGGCAACAUUGUAUUCUGGAAAUUCAUUACCACAAGGUAAAAAUCCUGACUUUUGUACAGAACAGAAUGUGUCGGUUCAGCAGAGGAGCAGAAUGUCAGUUCCACCUGACCUGAAUGUACGAGUCCAGCCGCCGGGCUCCCCUAGUGCUAGUUUACAGAUUGGAUCUUCUCAGCAGCCAGAUUUAGCGUUACAACUCUAAUUUUUAUUAAGCCCUGUUGCUUUUGAGUACUAGAUAUAACACAGGUUACUAUGAUUAACAGUAACUUAAAUUGAGGGCUUCAUUUGUAUUAGGAAUUUCAGGAGAAAAGUUUGUACAGAUUAUGUUUUCAAUUUUUUAGAGCAAAGCUAGGGAAUUUCUUAUGUAAUUUGAAAUUUUGAACCCAUGAUCCAAAAUAGAACAAAGUGAUCAUUGGCUUGUUAUCCAGCUGUAGAAUAUAUUCUGAAAUAUGUGACAACAAUAAACUCCUUUCCAUCA